AUGAAGUCAACCACACCACCGCUGCCAAAGUCAAACGCGUGGCUCGCAGAUCCUAACUGCGUCCACCUCUCAACGCCAACGCUCAAUCACCCCGACUUGCUCACCCUACCAGCGGACGUUCCGAGCACCAGUAGCCUUGUAGGACAUAUUCGUACCAACCGCAGCACCCGGACUACACCAGCUGCCGUCUCCUCGUCCAGCUCUGCCCCAUCCUCCACGUCGACAACCAACACUGACCACACUCCCCAACUCUCACUACCAUCCUCCUCUUCCUCCAUUGCCUCAACAUCCGCUACGGUGGCUGCUGUACUCACCACCCCUGCACACAGUCCUGACACAUCAACAAGCAUUAACCUCCCCCACCCCCAACAACGCUAG